AUGCCAUUUGAAUGGGAGGAGAAAAUUUCAAUAAAGAAAUUGACAGAAGAAUUGACUCUUAAUUUUUCAAAUUUAGGUUCAUACUUUGGAAACAAAAGACCUUAUGUAGAAAACACACUUGCAUCAAAUUUUACUUUUGGUGCAAGCUCAUCUUCUGCACGAGAAACUAAUUAUCCUCAAACACUUAAAACUCCAUUGUCUACUGGAAAUCCUCAGAGAUCAGGUUAUAAAAGCUGGACACCACAAAUGGGAUAUUCAGCUUCAUCCUCAUCUGUGAUUUCUGCACACUCCCCAUCAGUUAUUGUAGCUGUUGUAGAAGGGAGAGGACUUGCCAGAGGUGAAAUAGGAAUGGCAAGUAUUGAUUUAAAAAACCCCCAAAUUAUACUAUCCCAGUUUGCAGACAACACAACAUAUGCAAAGGUGAUCACUAAACUCAAAAUUUUAUCACCUUUGGAAAUAAUAAUGUCAAAUACUGCUUGUGCUGUGGGGAAUUCCACCAAGUUGUUCACUCUGAUCACAGAAAAUUUCAAGAAUGUUAAUUUCACUACUAUCCAAAGGAAAUACUUCAAUGAAACAAAAGGACUAGAGUACAUUGAACAGUUAUGCAUAGCAGAAUUCAGCACAGUCCUAAUGGAGGUUCAGUCCAAGUAUUACUGCCUUGCAGCUGUUGCAGCUUUGUUAAAAUAUGUUGAAUUUAUUCAAAAUUCAGUUUAUGCACCAAAAUCGCUGAAGGUUUGUUUCCAGGGUAGUGAACAGACGGCCAUGAUAGAUUCAUCAUCAGCCCAAAACCUUGAAUUGUUAAUUAAUAAUCAAGACUGUAGGAAUAAUCACACUCUCUUUGGUGUUUUAAAUUAUACUAAGACUCCUGGAGGGAGUAGACGACUUCGUUCUAAUAUAUUAGAACCUCUAGUUGAUAUUGAAACCAUUAACAUGAGAUUAGAUUGUGUUGAAGAACUGCUUCAAGAUGAGGAACUAUUUUUUGGACUUCAAUCAGUUAUAUCAAGAUUUCUUGAUACAGAGCAGCUUCUUUCUGUUUUAGUCCAAAUUCCAAAGCAAGACACGGUCAAUGCUGCUGAAUCAAAGAUAACAAAUUUAAUAUACUUAAAACAUACCUUGGAACUUGUGGAUCCUUUAAAGAUUGCUAUGAAGAACUGUAACGCACCUUUAUUAAGAGCUUACUAUGGUUCCUUGGAAGACAAGAGAUUUGGAAUCAUACUUGAAAAGAUUAAAACAGUAAUUAAUGAUGAUGCAAGAUACAUGAAAGGAUGCCUGAACAUGAGGACUCAGAAGUGCUAUGCAGUGAGGUCUAACAUAAAUGAAUUUCUUGACAUAGCAAGAAGAACAUAUACAGAGAUUGUAGAUGACAUAGCAGGAAUGAUAUCACAGCUUGGAGAAAAAUAUAGUCUUCCUUUAAGGACAAGUUUUAGUUCUGCUCGAGGAUUUUUCAUCCAGAUGACUACAGAUUGUAUAGCCCUACCUAGUGAUCAACUUCCUUCAGAAUUUAUUAAGAUUUCUAAAGUGAAAAAUUCUUAUAGCUUUACAUCAGCGGAUUUAAUUAAAAUGAAUGAAAGAUGCCAAGAAUCUUUGAGAGAAAUCUAUCACAUGACUUAUAUGAUAGUGUGCAAACUGCUUAGUGAGAUUUAUGAACAUAUUCAUUGCUUAUACAAACUAUCUGACACUGUUUCAAUGCUGGAUAUGCUACUGUCAUUUGCUCAUGCCUGCACUCUUUCUGACUACGUUCGACCAGAGUUUACUGAUACUUUAGCAAUCAAACAGGGAUGGCAUCCUAUUCUUGAGAAAAUAACUGCAGAAAAACCUGUGGCCAACAAUACCUAUAUUACAGAAGGGAGUAAUUUUUUGAUCAUAACUGGACCAAAUAUGAGUGGAAAAUCCACAUAUUUAAAACAGAUUGCUCUUUGUCAGAUUAUGGCCCAGAUUGGAUCAUAUGUUCCAGCAGAAUAUUCUUCCUUUAGUACUGAUGACGAUAUUGAAACAAAUUCAUCAACAUUUAUGAAAGAAAUGAAAGAGAUAGCAUAUAUUCUACAUAAUGCUAAUGACAAAUCGCUCAUAUUAAUUGAUGAACUUGGCAGAGGUACUAAUACAGAAGAAGGUAUUGGCAUUUGUUAUGCUGUUUGUGAAUAUCUACUGAGCUUAAAGGCAUUUACAUUGUUUGCUACACAUUUCCUGGAACUAUGCUAUAUUGAUACCCUGUAUCCUAAUGUAGAAAACAUGCAUUUUGAAGUUCAGCAUGUACAGAAUACCUCAAGAAAUAAAGAAGCAGUUUUGUAUACCUACAAACUUUCUAAGGGACUCACAGAAGAGAAAAAUUAUGGAUUAAAAGCUGCAGAGGUGUCAUCACUUCCACCAUCAAUUGUCUUGGAUGCCAAGGAAAUCACAACUCAAAUCACAAGACAAAUUUUGCAAAACCAAAGGAGUACCCCUGAGAUGGAAAGACAGAGAGCUGUGUAUCAUCUAGCCACUAGGCUUGUUCAAACUGCUCGAAACUCUCAAUUGGAUCCAGACAGUUUACGAACAUAUUUAAGUAAUCUCAAGAAGAAGUACAAAGAAGAUUUUCCCAGGACUGAACAAGUUCCAGGAAAGACUGAAGAAUAGUAACAAUUUACAUCUUGUACUAAUGUAAUAAUAUAUCUUAAUUCAAGGAACCUAGAAUUUAUUUUUCUUCUCAGAGAUAAGGAAAUAAUAUUUGCUAAAUUUCAUAUUUUAAUUGAAAAUUACAUUAAUAUCACAAUUGUCAUCUAUAUUCUAUGUAUGAAAAAUAUUUAUUAUAACUUAAAUGAGAACUACUUGGAAUGGUUUUUAUGUUAGGAAAAAGUAUAAUAUACCACUUUUUUGUUGUAAAAAUUCAUGAUUAAGACCUAAGUUUAUUUAUACUUACAAGUUAUAGUUUAAAAUAUUAUUGUAAAUACCUUAGGUUAAUAAAUAACUUUACCUUUAGGUCUG